CCGUCACGUGAGGGGGUGGCGGGGGUUGGUGAUUGAGGGUGCGUCAGUCACAACCGAAUUCGUCCCCAUCGUCUUGGAUUGCUUCAGACAACUUCACAGCACACGCCAACUCCAUCAAUGGAGCAACAACUUGGCGCCAAAUUCGAGCAAAUUCUCAACGAACCCACAGACGCCUCCACUUCUCUGCAAGCCCUAUCUCUCGCUCGAUCUCUCAUCCUCAACCCUUCCACCUCCGACUCCACCAUCUCUUCUCUCCUCCAAACCCUAUCACUCUCUCUCCAACCAGACCGCGACCCUCUCUCUCUCCGCCACACUCUCUCUCUCCUCUCCGACCUCGCCGCCCACCGCCGCCACCUUUCUCAGUCCAUCUUUCAAACUGUCCACUCAUUUUCUCUCCUCUGCAACCCUACCUCAACUCGCACCCUCGCCGCUUCUCUCUCCGUUCUCGCCUCAAUCGCUGAAUCAAACCAAACCCUAGCUUCUGACCUCAGUGAGCUUAGCGAGAGUCUAUUUCUCAAACUCUGUUUUUUCCCGAGUGUGUCUGUUCGGCAUUGGUUGUUGUUGAAUGCGGAGAGGUUUUGGAUUCGGCCGCCUUUGUUGCUGACUGUGUUUUUAGGGUUUACGAAGGAUCCGUAUCCGUAUGUGAGGAAAGUUGCUUUGGAUGGACUGUUUGGUCUGUGCAAGUCCAUUGUUGUUGAGGAUUGUACUCUGGUUGAGAGUUGCUAUUGCCGUGGUGUUGAGCUUCUGAGCGAUAUGGAGGAUUGUGUAAGAUCUUCAGCUGUUCGUGCGGUUGCUCAGUGGGGACAAUUACUUGUGGCAUUGAACCAUGACGAUAAUAAGAGAGAUUUGUCAAAUGCAUUAUUUAUCCAGCUCUGUUCUAUGGUAAGAGACAUGAAUGUGAAGGUCAGAGUUGAAGCUUUUGAUGCCCUUGGGGAGAUAGGUAUGGUGUCGGAGGAUAUUCUAUUACAAACCCUAUCAAAGAAGGUGCAUUCUGGCAUUAAAGGAAAGACCUAUCCUGGGCUGUGCUCUGGAAAACCAUUUGAUAUACCAGCAUCAAGCGCUGCUGGAGCCAUUUUGCAUGGGCUGGAGGAUGAAUUCUGUGAGGUACGAAGGUCAGCCUGUCAUGCCAUUCAGACACUCAGCAUAUUGUCUGCUGAUUUUUCUGGUGAAGCCUUAACUUUAUUGGUGGACGUGCUGAAUGAUGAUUCAAUGGUUGUCCGGUUACAGGCUUUGGAAACCAUGCGUUGUAUGGCACUAUUUGAUCAUCUAAAGGUGCAAGAAACACACAUGCAUAUGUUUCUUAGCACUCUAGUUGACUCUAGUGCUUUGGUAAGAUCUGCAGCAAGGAACGUACUUCGAGUAAUAAAGCUGAAUGAUAUAGCUAUGUUUAAAUUAUCCGUUGAUGGCCUUCUAGAAAAUUUGGAAAUGUAUCCACAGGAUGAAGCUGAUGUAUUUUCUGUUAUAUUUAAUAUUGGUCGAUGUCAUGGGAAUUUUGCAGUUGACAUUACUGAGAGGGUUUCGGACGAGAUUGAGCCUUCCUUUGGUGGCAAGUUGGGGUUUGAUAGUAGGAGAGUAGCUGCACUGCUAGUGCUGGCCAUCUCAGCUCCACUUUCAAAUGAACAGCGCACUUGCAGUACUCCACAGAGAAUAUUUUCUUAUGCUGUCACACUGCUAGGGAGGAUUUCUCAUGCUUUGAGUGAUGUCAUGGACCAGAAUACCCUGUUGGCUUAUUUGUCUCAUUGUAGUAGUUCCAUAGUUAUUUCUGCUGCAGAGUUUGACUUCAAAAAGAAGGAACCAUUCUUACCUCUUGAAGAUGGUGUGCCAAAUAAUGGAGCUUGCAGGAGUUGGAAGAAUGUGUUGGCAACACUCACUACUGGGUCAUCUCCCGGUUCAAUAGCUUUUAUGUUGCAAUAUUUAAGGGUUGUGAAACUGAUGGCAAAGAUAUGGCUGCGCUUUAUCUCCCCAAGAAAAGUCUGCCUUUAUGGAAUGGGAGAGGUGGGUCUCUUAUUGGGAAAACUAGACACAACCCUUAGAGAAAUGAGGUAUAGGUUCAUAGGGUUGAGUAAAGAAGAGGAGUUGCAUGUCUUGGAGCUGAUAUUACUGAAUUUUAUACUAAGGUUGUCCAGUGUUGAAGUCUACUAUGAUUUUACAACUUUGAAGAAUCUGCAUUCUACAUUGUCACGGGUAGAAUUUCUCCAUGAGGAAUUAUCCAUUCAACCUUCCAAUUUCGUGACUGAACUCAAGAAAUCAUUGGACGAGAUUGGUUUCUCUACUGAUGGACCUUUCUACACCCCAUUUCUGAUUCAGAAGUUAGUUGAAUUUUUCUCCUUGAAGCAGUUUGUCUUCUGUGGAAAACUCAAGCACAUAAUUGCAGAAUUGGACGUUCAUGAUAAUGACUUUGAAAAUCCUUUUCACUUCAUUUCAGGGCUUCCUGUUGGUAUACCAUUAGAGAUCACUUUGUAUAAUAUCUCGAGGGAGAAUAGGUUGUGGCUGCAACUGGCUGUGGAUGAGACUUUAACUGAAUUUGUUUUCUUGGAUUUGGAACGAUUUGGAGGCAGCAACCAAAUCAGGAAAUUCACAUUCGUUGCACCCUUCUACAAAACUCCAAAAGCAAAUUCUUUUUCAAUGAGGGUUUACAUUGGUAUGGAGUGCUUGUCUGAGGAUGUUUAUUCAUUCAAAAGACGUGGGGGUCCAAAACGGGAGUUAGUUUUUCUGUGCAAGGAAAAGGAAGUGUUUCUUUCAAUGGGUGUGAAAGAGUGAUUGGUUAUUUUAUUUUCCUUUGGGUAAACAGUAUCGCAUUGAAAAGAUAGACCACAUGUUUUUAUGUUUAAAAACUGCAGGCUUGCUGAUCAAUCUAUUGAGAAAAUGACGUGGACCCUUUUUUCUUUUACAUUCCCAUGGACUUUGAAGUAAUUUAGAAGGGAGUAAUAUAUGUCAGCUAAUCAUCACAUUCUUGGACAAUAAAUGUCCUUGUAUUUGUGUGGAAAACAGAGAGGGCCAAUCUUUCUCAAGCAUAAGAGGUAUGCUGAUGAUUCUAUAAGAAGUUUGAGAUGAAUUGGAGAUGAAGCAUGUGCUGUUCUGAUCAUAUUGUUCCAGCACUGGCUUCCAGUAAAGACAGUGAAAGCAGCAGCCUCGGGAAGAGAUGACACCAAAUGGUAAUCUACCAACUCUUUCCAUUUAUCCGAAGUGCUUGAUUCCAGACUUGAGUUUGCACUUUGCAUAUGAUUUUCUUCUUUGAACUCUCAUCACCUUGAAUAAAGGGAUAUUGUGUGAUGCAGAUGCUCUAUGCAUUUUGGAACAAUCUGGAGGCUAACUUCUCUUAAAGGUGCCUUUAGUCCUCCACUGUUUCUCUUGGUCUGCUCAAUUACACUCGCAGUUCAUGCCUGUUACAUUUUCCAUUAUAUACUUUGUGUUGUUGUCACACAGCUGUGUUUGUGUGUCUGGCAAGGAUGUGAAGAACUUCCUGCCAUUCCGCCAACCUUUAAUUCUGACAUUUCCUCCCUUAGCCAAAGGUGCCCCUGGAAGUAGUUCUCAUUUGACAUGGCAGUCAAAAUCUUACCAAAAAAUUUGCUUCUGGUACGUAUUCUCUAUAAUCCAGAGAUCAAACAGUAAAGCUGCUAAAUGGGAGGUGGUUAUUAAAACUAGAUCGGGAUUGUUGUCUAUACUUCUGGGCUAUUGCAAUUGCGCUGUCCAAUUUGAAAUCACGUAAAAGAAGAAUUAGUGUAAACUAUCAAUAAAUCUUAAUAGUUUGUCUUAA